GCUGGUCGGAUUUACAUGCUCGUGGAAAACAAGGAACUGGGAAAGCCUUUCCACGAGAAUUUCAGAACACGGUUUCGUAUCACGUGUUUUCGUGCGUGACUUUUACAUAUGUGGCCUACGCCCAAAGUGCAGUGCGUUUGUGAUGCAAUAGAACAGUGGGUCUAAUAAGUUGGUUUGAUUAGCACUGCAAUGGCCAACAGCACAACGAUGGGGUCGUCGGGAGCGGCAUCAACCACACCGAGCCCCGGUGCAUUCCAAUCGUUGGCGCGCAACAACAGCUACGUCAUACCGGGACUGUACGAUCUGAACGUGGAGGACACAAAUUGGGUCCUGACGUCGUCGUUCAUCAUCUUCACCAUGCAGACCGGGUUCGGGAUGCUCGAGUCCGGUUGCGUAUCGGUGAAGAACGAGGUCAACAUCAUGAUGAAGAACAUCAUCGACAUUGUGCUGGGCGGAUUCACGUACUGGCUGUUCGGGUACGCGAUGGCGUUCGGGCGAGGCGAGCUGAACAAUCCAUUCGUGGCACUCGGAGACUUUCUCAUCGAUCCGGGCGUAAGCGAUCCACUGUUCGGGCCGAUCUUUGCCGCGUUCCUGUUCCAGCUGUCGUUCUCGACGACGGCGACCACGAUCGUUAGCGGCGCUAUGGCGGAAAGAUGCAACUUCAAAGCCUACUGCAUCUUCUCGUUCUUCAACACGAUCGUCUACUGCAUACCGGCCGGUUGGGUGUGGGGCGAGCAUGGCUUCCUCAAGAACCUCGGCGUGGUCGAUAUAGCGGGCAGCGGUCCAGUUCAUCUCAUCGGUGGUGCUUCGGCUUUCGCAUCGGCCGCCAUUCUCGGACCAAGGUUGGGCCGCUACGCCAAGGGUACGGAUCCGUUGCCGCUCGGCAAUCCGGUCAACGCGUGCAUGGGCCUGUUUGUGCUGUGGUGGGGCUGGCUAGCAUUCAAUUCCGGUAGCACGUACGGGGUUAGUGGUGCCAAAUGGGCGUAUGCAGCACGGGCCGCCGUCAUGACGAUGAUGGGCUCGUUUGGCGGAGGAAGUUUCAGCAUCAUAUAUUCGAUGAUAAACAACGACGGCCGCAUGGAUGUGGUGGAUCUGAUAAACGGCAUACUGGCGUCGCUUGUGUCGGUAACGGCCGGUUGCUAUCUUUAUCACGCCUGGGAAGCUAUCCUGAUCGGUGCGAUCGGUUCUGCACUGUGCUGCUUCGGAAUGCCUCUGUUCGAUCGGAUGGGCGUGGAUGAUCCGGUCGGUGCUAGUUCCGUGCAUGGAAUCGCAGGCAUUUGGGGUGUGCUAGCCGUCGGAUUCUUUGCCGACAAUCCACUACGCAUGGAUACGACGAGCGGACGAUCGGGACUCUUCAAGGGGGGCGGUUGGUACAUGCUAGGCGUUCAAUCACUUUCCGCUCUGUGUUUGGCGUGUUGGGGCGUAUGCACCACGUUUGUGCUGCUGUGGCUGAUCAACAAGGUCGUCCCCAUCCGGAUGGACCCGAACGAGGAGUUGCUCGGGGCGGAUCUAAUGGAGCACCGGAUUCGACACACGCAGAUCGGUAUCUCACGAGCACUGUCUGCGCUGGCCCCAAUUCAGCUCGACCUGGACGAUGUGAUCGAUGCACCGCCGAUCGGUCGCAAUCCCGGGCAUGAACGAUGUGUGGACGAAAUUGAAGCCGCCAGUCAGAAGCUGCACCAGUGGCGUCAGGCGAUGGAUAAGUUUGCCGAUCGGCCAGCGAGGGAAAAGACCGAACCGGCAAGUGGUGCGUCGCGACGACGCUCCAAGAGCUUUUUGAGCAAGUCGCACAGGAACGGGAAGGAUAAUGCUGCGUUCGAUCGUGGUGCAAUUACCACGGUCAAGAUGAGCGGCCGGGAAGGAAAGGAGACACACCAACUUUCCGUGAUUGGUAGCGAGCAAAGCUACCAGGUUGGCAGUACCGACCGGAACGCCGAUCGCAACUUUGCGUGGAUUGAUUGAGUGGCAAAUCACAGAUCAAUCCGUUACCAUCCCAUCGAGUGCAGGCUUUGUUGUUCAAUAAAAAAGUGUU